GCGGCGCACGGGCGGCGCGAUGGCUGCGGCGGCGAUGGCAGUGUCCGAGGCCUGGCCGGAGCUGGAGCUGGCCGAGCGCGAGCGGCGGCGCGAGCUGCUGCUGACCGGGCCCGGGCUGGAGGAGCGGGUGAAGGCGGCGGGCGGGCGGCUCCCGCCGCGGCUCUUCACGCUGCCGCUGUUGCACUACCUGGAGGUGAGCGGCUGCGGCAGCCUGCGCGCGCCGGGGCCCGGCCUCGCGCAGGGCCUCCCGCAGCUGCACAGCCUGGUGCUGCGGCGCAACGCGCUGGGGCCCGGCCUGAGCCCCGAGCUGGGGCCGCUGCCCGCGCUGCGCGUCCUCGACCUGUCCGGCAACGCGCUGGAGACGCUGCCGCCCGGCGAGGGCCUGGGGCCCUCCGAGCCCCCCGGACUGCCGCAGCUGCAGAGCCUCAACCUCAGCGGCAACCGCCUGCGCGAGCUGCCCGCCGACCUGGCGCGCUGCGCCCCUCGCCUGCAGAGCCUCAACCUCACCGGCAACCGCCUGGACGCCUUUCCCCCCGAGCUCUUCCGGCCAGGAGCUCUGCCCCUGCUCAGUGAGCUGGCAGCUGCCGACAACUGCCUGCGGGAGCUCAGCCCAGACAUAGCGCAUCUUGCCUCGCUCAAGACAUUGGACCUCUCCAACAACCAACUGACAGAGAUCCCUGCUGAACUGGCAGACUGCCCCAAGCUCAAAGAGAUCAACUUUCGAGGAAACAGGCUUCGAGACAAGCGCCUGGAGAAGAUGGUGGGUGGCUGCCAGACCAAGUCCAUCCUAGAGUACCUUCGUGCUGGUGGCCGCGGCGGCCGGAGCAAGGGCCGGCAAGAGGCCUCUGAGAAGGAGGACAGAAAGAAGAGGCGGGAGCGGAAGCAGCAUCGGGAAAGCGGGGAGGGCGAGGAGGAGGUAGCAGACUCAGCCAGGCUGAUGCUCAAGGUCUUGCAUGUCUCCGAAAACCCCACGCCCCUGACGGUCAGGGUGAGCCCGGAGGUCAGGGAUGUGCGCCCAUACAUCGUUGGGGCCAUUGUGAGAGGCAUGGACCUGCAGCCAGGAAAUGCACUCCGUCGCUUUCUCAACUCCCAGACGAAGCUCCACGACGACCUCUGCGAGAAGAGGACAGCAGCGACCAUCGCGACCCAUGACCUCCAGGCUGUGCGUGGACCCCUGCUGUAUGCAGCCCGGCCACCCGAGGACCUCAAGAUUGUGCCUUUGGGACGGAAAGAGGCCAAGGCCAAGGAGCUCGUGCGGCAGCUGCAGCUGGAGGCUGAGGAACAGAGAAAGCAGAAGAAGAGGCAGAGCGUCUCAGGGCUACACAGGUACCUUCACCUCCUGGAUGGGAAGGAGAACUACCCGUGUCUUGUGGAUGCUGAGGGAGACGUGAUUUCUUUCCCUCCUAUAACAAACAGUGAGAAGACAAAGAUUAAGAAAACCACCUGCAACUUGUUUUUGGAAGUAACGAGUGCCACUAGCCUGCAGCUUUGUAAGGACAUCAUGGACAGCCUCAUCCUGAGAAUGGCAGAAUUGAGCAAAAGCACUUCAGAAAAUAAAGAGGAAGACAUGCUCUCGGGGACGGAAGCUGAUGCCAGCUGUGGGCUUUCUGAUCCCAACUUGACUCUGAGUGCUGGGAAGGAUGGACAGUGCCCUCUGGUGGUGGAGCAGGUCCGAGUGGUGGACCUGGAAGGGAGCUUGAAGGUGGUGUACCCAUCCAAGACUGACCUGAUCACCCUCCCUCCCCACGUGACUGUGGUCCGCUGACAGGCUCCUGUGGGUGUGGGUGUGCUGUAGGUGUCUGUGUGUGUGUGUGUGUGUGUGUGUGUGCUGUAGGUGUCUGUG